CAGCAUCUUCCUGCCAACCGCUGGCAGAAGUGUAACUAUUUACCAAAGGGUGCAUAGUUCAACCAAAAUGUUGCGGCUUUCAUUGGUAUUGGUACUUUCGGCUGUAUGCCUUUCCCAAGGCUACCAAGGCUACAAAAAUGUUCGCACCGCGGACAUGGACUUCCUUCAUAAGCAGAAGAAACUCUUCGAACUUAUGUUCUACGUUGAUCAACAAGCUUUAACUGAUGCCGAAUACUUUGAAAUUGGUCGCAACUAUGACAUCGGAAGCAACAUGGAAUACUACACUGACAAGACUGUUGUACAAGACUUUCUGUACCGAUACAAGGAGAAGAAAUUCGAACGCGGAGUUUUGUUCUCAUACUACAACAUUGAAAUGAUGGAGGACAUGAUGUCACUUUAUCGUCUCUUCUACACCGCCAAGGACUUCCAAACCUUCUACAAGACCGCAUGUUGGGCACGUCUUUAUGUCAACAAAUACAUGUUCGUCAAUGCAUACUACACUGCCGUCAUCUACAGAAGUGAUUGCCGAUAUGUUCGUCUUCCAGCUCCUUAUGAAGUCUUCCCAUACCUCUACUUCGACUCCAGAAUCAUCCAAGAGGCACAGAAAGUCAAAAUGAGCCGUGGCGGAAACUACAAGAACUACGACAUUGGAAUGAAACGUGGCUCAUCUGAUACAUACAUGAUCUACUCCAACUACACCGGAUCUUGCAAAGAAUGCUACUAUCCAGAAUACAGAAUGUCCUACUUCUUCGAUGAUAUCGGUCUUAACAGUUAUUACUAUUAUUUCCGUAUGGUCUUCCCAUUCUGGGUCAACACUAAAUACUAUGAAGUCCCCAAACAAUUCCGUGGUGAAUUCUACUACUUCUUCCACAAACAACUCAUGGCUCGUUAUUACUUGGAACGUCUCUCCAACGACUUAGGAAGAAUGAAGCCAUUCGACUGGUACAAGGGUAAAUUCCCAGGUUUCUACUCCAACUUGAUGUAUCCCAACGGUGUUGCUGUUCCCAAACGUGACGAAUGGUACAACGUCCCACCAUACAAACUAGACUACUUGAAGCAAAUCGACUUGAAAGAAAACCGCAUCUAUGAAGCUAUCGACUAUGGAUUCGUUGUUGACGAGACUGGCAAACAAUACAACAUCUACACCCCAGAGGGUUUGAACAUCCUUGGAAACAUGAUUGAAGGAAACUUUGAUUCAUUCAACUACAAAUAUUACGGAUCAUACGAAUACUUGAUCAGAAACUUGUUCGACUACAACACCAAAUACACUUGCAAACGUGACUAUAUCCCAAGCUCCCUCAUGACAUUCAGUACCAGCAUGAGAGAUCCAAUGUUCUACAAACUCUACGACAGAAUCCUCUACUUCUUCCAACGCUACAAGGAGAACUUGAAACACUACUCCUACAAUGAAUUGUACUAUCCUGGUGUCAAGAUUGAGAGCUUCCACGUUGACAAACUAACCACUUUCUUCGAUUAUUACGAUGCCACCAUAAAUAAUGCCGUUGCUGUUGAGAACUUCAAAGAAGGAUAUGCCAUCAACAUGAAGGCCAGACAACUCCGUCUUAACUACAAACCAUUCACCUACCGUUUCGGAAUCAACAGCGACAAAGACACCAAAGUGAUGGUCAAGAUCUUCCUUGGACCAGCUUACUUCAGCGAGAAAUACGACGAAUACACCUACUUCCGAAGAAAUUACAUGAACUUCUUCGAACUCGACAGAUUCGAAUACCACCUCAAGACCGGAAUGAACAACGUUGAACGCAAGAGCACCGAAUCCACCUUCACUGCUGACGACUACACAAGCUUCGAGACCUACUACAGAAAAAUUGUCAAGGCCGCCGAAGGCAAUGAACCAUUCACCUACAGCGAGAAAUUAUUCGGAUUCCCAGACCGUCUUCUCUUGCCAAAGGGUAAGAGGGAGGGUAUGCCAUACAGACUCUUCUGCUACGUCUAUCCAUUCGAGGAAGGCAAAGAAUACGAAUUCCCCAUCUUCGGCAAAUUCUACUACGAUGGCAAGGCAUUUGGUUAUCCAUUGGACAGACCAGUGAAACCAUGGUUCUUCUCCAUGCCAAACGCUUACUUCAAGGACGUCAUGAUCUACCACUCGAAAGAGAUGAGCGAAUACUAUUAACUUUUUCAGACCUGACGAAAGAAAUAGGUCCCAAUGAAAUAGAAUCUCCAGCACAUCAUCAAUCAAUACUUUCUUUUGCAAUUAUUUCAUUGUUACCAAUCAUUAUUUUCACUAAUUUGAAAAUAAAAUUAUUAUUUUCAAACAUCCAGUAGAAAAGUGUAAUAGUUUUAAAUUAUGUAAAAUAAUAUAGGAAAAAAUAUUAAAGUGUAGAGUCAAUAGAUAAAUAGGAGAUUCAAUGGUCUUGGUUGACUUGUUUCAUGACUGACAAUCAUGGACUGAAAUUGUUAAGUUAAGCAAAUGGCUCAUCGACUUAAAAAAAAGAGCUUUUCACUUGGUUUAUGAACCAGUGUUAAGAUUGUUAUGUAAAAAUAGUGAAUUUUCACUAAUAAAUAAAUUUUUGAACUAAUUUA